AUGACAGCCACCGAGGAGGUUCGUCGCUUUUUCUUCACGUCGGAGUCGGUGAACGAGGGACACCCGGACAAGCUCUGUGAUCAAGUUUCUGACGCUGUUCUAGACGCCUGCCUGGCACAGGACCCGUUUUCAAAAGUGGCCUGCGAGACAGCAACGAAAACAGGUUUGAUAAUGGUUUUUGGGGAGAUCUCAACGAAAGCGACUGUCGAUUAUGAGAAAGUUGUUCGUGAGACGGUUCGGGAGAUCGGCUUCGACGACGAAGAAAAGGGUCUCGACUUUCGCUCUUGCCGGGUGCUGCAGGAGAUCCACGAGCAGUCACGCGAAAUCGCAGCGAGCGUAUACGGAGGUCGGGACACGCUGGAUAUCGCUGCGGGUGAUCAGGGCAUCAUGUUCGGAUACGCUACGAACGAAACGCCAGAGCUGAUGCCACUCUCUCACUCUCUAGCGACGAAACUAGGCAAAAGACUCACGGAUGUGCGUAAGCAAGGCAUUCUACCGUACAUCAGACCUGACGGGAAGACGCAGGUCACAGUAGAGUACGAAAGACGUGGAGGCGCUCUGAAACCGCUGCGUGUCGAUACGAUUGUGAUUUCAACGCAACACGCACCGCAUACAUCGCAGGAGAAGCUCCGAGCGGAUUUGCGGGAACACGUCAUUCGACCUGUAGUGCCUGCCGAGUUCCUCGAUGAUCGAACGAGGUACGUGCUGAACCCGAGUGGGAGUUUCACGGUUGGGGGUCCAGCUGGUGACGCGGGUCUCACCGGGCGCAAAAUUAUCAUCGAUACGUACGGAGGCUGGGGCGGGCACGGAGGAGGUGCCUUUUCCGGAAAAGAUCCCUCGAAAGUCGACCGUAGCGCGGCGUACAUGGCGCGCUGGAUGGCCAAAUCCGUGGUGGCGGCCGGCCUCGCUGCACGCUGUCUCAUUCAGCUCAGUUAUUCCAUCGGCGUCGCAGAGCCGACGUCCAUCUUCCUGGACACAUACGGGACAGCCAAGCCCGACUGGACCGACGACCAGAUCCUGAAAGUUGUCGAGAGGAACUUUGAUUGCCGCCCUGGCGCGAUCAUUCGCGAGCUAGAUUUACUGAAGCCCAAGUACCGCAAAACCGCUGCAUAUGGUCACUUUGGCCGUGAGGAUGAUCCCGACUUUACCUGGGAGAUACCGAAGCGUCUGCAGGUUGACUAG